CUCCUCUCCUCUCCUCCACCUCACCUCACUCCCCACUACUUUCCCGCUCUCCUCGUAUAAAACCUCCUCCACCCCCUCCCCUUGCAUGCCUCAACGCCCCACCUCCAAGAAACCACCUCCCCUCCUCCUCCUCCACCCCAAAUCCCUAUCCCUAUCUCGAUCGGAUCUUGGUUAUUCCAUGGUGCGUUGUUGAUUAAUUUGUUUGAGGUGAGAUUUGAGGAGAUGAAGGUGGAUACGGAGAUGGAGAGGCUGCUCGACGAGAUCCCCAUGCUGCACCAUGGCGACCUCCUCGGGCGGCGCGACGCGGCGGGGGAUGAUGGUGGUGGUGGUGGGUUUGACGUGUCUUGCCUCAUCAGGGAGCUCGCGGAGAUGGGGGUGGUGGAGGGGGAUGAUGAUGAUGGGAUGCUGCCGUCGCCGCCGGGGUUCUUUGGCGGCGGCGGUGGUGGUUUGUCGCCGACGUCCAGCCUCUGUUUUGUGGGUCAGGAUGGGGGGUUCACGGCGCCGUCGCGGCCGUUCUCGCUGGAGAGGCGCCGCGUGGACGCGCCGCCGCCGACGCCGCCGUCGUCGCUGUUCGACCCGUUCGCUGGGUUCUGCCUGUUCGACGCCACCGCCGCCGCAGGGGCCGACUCCGACGGGUGGGACGUCAGGUGCUCGCCGCCCCCGCCCCCGCCCCCGCCGCCGCCGCAGGCGCCGCCGGCGAGGGGGCGGAGCAAGGCGGCGAGGAGGAAGGGCGGGUGCGCGGCGCCCGCCGCGGCGGCGGCGGCGAGCCCGACGAAGAAGUCCGCCGCGGCGUCGGCGGCGGCGGCGAGGUACGAGAGCCUCGCCGGGCUGCGCGGGUUCAUGUACCACAUCGCCAGGGACCAGCACGGGUGCCGGUUCCUGCAGCAGCGGCUCGACGACGGCAAGCGCGAGGUCGACUUCAUCUUCGCCGGCGUCGCGCGCCACGCCGUCGAGCUGAUGGUGAACCCGUUCGGCAACUACCUCAUGCAGAAGCUGCUCGCCGUCUGCGACGACGAGCAGCGGAUGGCCAUCGUCCUCACCCUCACCAAGGACCCCUUCGUCCUCGUCAGGAUCUCCCUCAAUGUCCACGGGACAAGGGCAGUGCAGAAGCUGAUCGAGAGCCUGAGGACAAGGGAGGAGAUCCAGCUCGUCGUCCAGGCGCUGCGCCCCGGGUUCUUGGAGCUCAUCAAGGACCCUAAUGGCAAUCAUGUCGUGCAGAGGUGCUUGCAAUCCUUUGAUGCCAAUGACAACAAGCCGAUCUUUGAGGCCGCUGCCGUUCACUGCCUCGACAUUGGGAUGCAAUGCCAUGGUUGCUGCGUCCUGCAGCGAUGCAUUGCUCGUUCAGGGGGUGAGCAGAGGGAGAAGCUGGUUGCUGCGAUCGCUUCGAAUGGAUUCGAACUUGCACAAGAUGCCUACGGGAACUAUGUUGUUCAGUAUGUGAUAGACCUGAAGGUACCCACUGCAAAUGCAAGCCUGACAAAGCAGUUUCAGGGCAGGUAUAUUCACCUCUCCAUGCAGAAGUUCAGCAGCAAUGUGGUUGAGAAAUGCCUGAAAGUGUUCAAGGAAGCUGACAAGGCUACCAUCAUUCUGGAGCUCCUUGCUGUGCCACACUUUGAGCAGCUGCUUCAGCACCCCUUUGCAAACUAUGUCAUCUACUCAGCUAUCCAGAACUCCAAGGGUUCACUCCACUCCGCGCUGACGAAUGCGAUACGGCCUCAUGUGGAACUGCUCAGGACUAGUCCAUACUGCAAGAGGAUCUACUCUCGAGCUUUGCUGAAGAAGUGAUGAGCUGACGGGCGCUUUUUUCGGCAUGUAACAACAAAGCCUGCUGUCUUGUGCUAUUUCUUCAGAUUCAAAAUGAUAAAAAAGGUGGUCGGGAAGACUGUUGUUUUGUGUUAUUAUUCAGAUUCAAAUCGGAUAAAGGUGAUCGCAUCAUGUAGAUUUGUAUAAAUGAGUGUUCUUUAGUCAUGUACUUUUAGCUGUACCUGUACUUGGUGCACUCUUGUGUUGUCAUAAACCAUCUGUGAGAUGGAAUAAGUUCCAAUUGGGCAAAUCAUCAUCACAAAAUACCAAUAUCUUUAAUGUCAUUUGUUCAUUAUC